AGGCCGGUUCCUGCUUGGCCCGCGGAGCGCAAAGCUUGCCGCUGACCGGACCUAGCAACCCGGCUUGGCGGGCUGACCGACGGACGAGUGAGCGGGAGAGCGGGCUCCUCCUUGGCGCCGAGAAAGGCAGCGUCCCUGCGCCCUUGCAAGCAGCCGGCGGCUCCCGGUCGGGCUCGGCGGCGGAGGAUGGCGGAGAGCGAGUGCGAGACCCCCAGCACUCCCGGGGAGUUCGAGAGCAAGUACUUCGAGUACAACGGGGUGCGCCUGCCGCCCUUCUGCCGCGGGAAGAUGGAGGAGAUCGCCAAUUUCCCCGUGCGAGACAGCGACGUCUGGAUCGUUACCUACCCCAAGUCAGGCACAAGUUUAUUGCAGGAAGUGGUAUAUCUUGUGAGCCAAGGAGCAGAUCCUGAUGAAAUUGGGUUAAUGAACAUAGAUGAGCAACUUCCAGUCUUAGAAUAUCCUCAGCCUGGUCUGGACAUUAUCAAGGAACUGACAUCUCCUCGCCUGAUCAAAAGCCACCUGCCGUACCGCUUCUUGCCUUCUGACCUGCAUAGCGGCGAAUCAAAGAUCAUAUACAUGGCUCGUAAUCCCAAAGAUCUGGUCGUCGCUUAUUAUCAGUUCCAUCGCUCCCUGAGAACCAUGAGCUACAGAGGAACGUUUCAGGAGUUCUGUCGGAGAUUUAUGAACGAUAAGUUAGGUUAUGGUUCAUGGUUUGAACAUGUCCAGGAAUUUUGGCAGCAUCAUAUGGAUUCCAAUGUGCUCUUUCUCAAAUAUGAAGAUAUGCACAAGGAUCUUGCAACCCUGGUCGAACAGCUAGCGAGGUUCUUGGGCGUCGCCUACGACAAAGCACAGUUGGAAUCGAUGGUUGAACAUUGCCACCAGCUCAUUGAUCAGUGCUGCAAUGCUGAUGCCCUUUCAGUGGCCAGGGGACGAAUUGGGCUGUGGAAAGAUAUCUUCACUGUCUCGAUGAAUGAGAAAUUCGAUUUAGUGUACAAGCAGAAGAUGGGAAAAUGUGAUCUCACGUUUGAUUUCUAUUUAUAAAGCAGCCAAAUGACAAUGCAUGAAAAAAAUACAGAGAAUCUA